AAGGGAAAUUUUUCAGUAAUUUUUUUUUUUUUCAAUUUUUCACGAUAAGUUUAAAUUGAUCUUACUGAAAUCAUAUCUUGUUUGUGAAUAUACUUAUUGUACUUUAGAACUUGGGUUUAACUUCUUGUAUCUAGUUUUAUCGUUCAUUCCCAUACUUAUAGAAUCAUUAAUACAUGUCAAAUAAAAAGCAAACAGAUCCAUUAAAGUCAUUCAUUGCCGGUGGUACAGCCGGAGCAAUAGAAGGGGUGGUGACUUAUCCCUUUGAGUUUGCUAAGACUCGUUUACAAUUAGUUGAUAAACUCUCAACCCAAUCCCGAAAUCCGUUGGUAUUGAUAUUCAAUACUGCCAAAUAUCAAGGUCUUGGUUCAUUAUAUGUGGGAUGUCCUGCCUUUGUGGUUGGUAAUACUGUUAAAGCAUCUAUCAGAUUCUUAGGUUUCGAUUCCAUUAAAGCUUUAUUGGCAGAUAAAAAUGGGAAGUUAUCAGGUCCAAGAGGUGUGAUAGCUGGUCUUGGAGCUGGGUUAUUGGAAUCAGUGAUUGCUGUCACUCCUUUCGAAGCCAUUAAGACUGCCUUAAUCGAUGAUAAACAAACUGCCAAACCAAAAUAUCAAAAUGGUUUAGUAGCAGGUACAGUUAAAUUAUGUCGUGAUCUUGGAUUUAAGGGUAUUUAUGCUGGUGUGGUUCCUGUUUCUUUAAGACAAGCUUCAAAUCAAGCUGUUAGAUUAGGAUCAUAUAACGCUAUUAAAACAAUGAUACAACAAGCAUCCGGUACUAAACCUAAUGAACCAUUAAGUUCUAUCGCCACCUUUGCUGUGGGUGCCUUUGCUGGUACUAUAACAGUCUAUACUACUAUGCCAAUUGAUACAGUUAAAACAAGAAUGCAAGCAUUAGGAGCUGAUAAAAUAUAUAGUUCAACUUUGAAUUGUUUCGUUAAAAUUUUCAAAGAAGAAGGUUUAUUAACAUUUUGGAAAGGUGCUACUCCAAGAUUAGGAAGAUUAUUCUUUAGUGGUGGUAUAGUAUUUACAAUUUACGAAAAAAUGUUAGUUAUAAUGGGUUAAUCUUUGUUUUUACAAACGAUUACAAACAUAGAAUAUUUAAAAGAAUCA